GCAGCCGGACCUCAGUUCCCCCGGGCCCCGGCCGGGCGGCGGCCAUGGCCUCGGCGGCUGUGGAGAGCUUCGUGACCAAGCAGUUGGACCUGCUGGAGCUCGAGAGAGACGCGGAGGUCGAGGAGCGCAGGUCUUGGCAGGAAAACGUCUCCCAGAAAGAACUCCAGAGCCGAGGCGUGUGUUUGCUGAAGCUGCAGGUGUCCAGCCAGCGGACCGGGCUCUACGGGCGGCUGCUGGUCACCUUGGAGCCCAGGAGAUGUGUGGCGGCCGCCGUGCUUCCCAGCAACAGCUUUACGUCAGGCGAUAUAGUGGGUCUGUACGACGAAGGGAGUCAGCUGGCCACGGGGAUCCUGACCCGGAUCACGCAGAGAUCGGUCACGGUGGCCUUUGACGAGUCCCAUGACUUCCGGCUGAGCUUGGACAGGGAGCAGACCUACAGACUGUUAAAACUGGCCAAUGAUGUCACUUACAAGCGACUGAAAAAGGCUCUGAUCACACUAAAGAAGUACCACUCUGGCCCCGCGUGCUCACUCAUAGACGUUCUCUUUGGCGGCUCCGUCCCCAGUCCUGCCAGUGAGAUCCAGCCGCUGCCGUUCUGUAACCCUUGCCUGGAUGCCUCCCAGAAGGAAGCCGUCUCCUUCGCGCUGUCCCAGAAGGAGCUUGCCAUCAUCCAUGGGCCUCCUGGCACCGGGAAGACCACUACCGUGGUCGAGAUCAUUCUUCAGGCUGUGAGGCAAGGCUUAAAGGUUCUGUGCUGUGCUCCCUCCAACGUCGCCGUGGACAACCUGGUGGAGCGUCUGGCCCACAGCAAGCAGAGGAUCGUGCGCCUUGGGCACCCUGCCCGCCUGCUGGACUCCAUUCAGCAGCAUUCCCUCGACGCGGUGUUAGCGCGGAGCGACAGCGCCCAGAUUGUCGCGGACAUCAGGAAGGACAUCGAUCAGGCCUUCGUACGUGCCUCCUCCCUGCCACCGCUCUGCGCGAAGAACAGGCAGACCCAGGAGAAGAGAGAGAAGAGCGGCGUUUGGAGUGAAAUCAAGCUGUUGAGGAAGGAGCUGAAGGAGAGGGAGGAGGCCGCGAUGCUGGAGAGCCUCAGGUCGGCGGCGGUGGUGCUGGCGACAAACACAGGUGCCUCUUCCGACGGCCCUCUGAGGCUGCUGCCCGACGGCCACUUCGACGUGGUGGUCAUCGACGAGUGUGCGCAGGCCCUGGAAGCCAGCUGCUGGAUCCCACUGCUGAAGGCCAGGAGGUGCGUCCUGGCCGGCGAUCACAAGCAGCUGCCCCCCACCACCAUCUCUCACAAGGCCGCACUGGCGGGGCUGUCGCGGAGCCUGAUGGAGCGGCUGGCGGACGAGAUCGGCGCACAGGUGGUGCGGACGCUCACGGUGCAGUACCGCAUGCACCAAGCCAUCAUGCGCUGGGCCUCGGACGCCCUCUACAGCGGGCAGCUCACCGCCCACCCUGCCGUGGCGGGGCACCUCCUGCGGGACCUCCCAGGGGUGGCUGCCACGGAGGAGACGAGCGUCCCGCUGCUGCUCGUGGACACAGCCGGCUGCGGGCUCUUUGAGCUGGAAGAGGAGGACGACCAGUCUAAGGGGAACCCCGGGGAAGUACGCCUCGCCAGUCUGCACAUCCAGGCCCUGGUGGACGCUGGUGUCCAAGCGAGUGACAUCGCCGUCAUCACGCCGUACAACCUCCAGGUGGACCUGCUCAGGCAGAGCCUUGCCCAUAGGUACCCCGAGCUUGAAAUUAAGUCUGUCGAUGGCUUCCAAGGCCGAGAGAAGGAGGCUGUGGUCCUGUCCUUCGUCAGAUCCAAUAGGAAAGGCGACGUGGGCUUCCUCGCUGAGGACCGGCGGAUCAACGUUGCGGUCACCCGCGCUCGGCGCCACGUGGCGGUCGUGUGCGAUUCUCACACCGUCAGCAACCACACCUUCCUGAAGACCCUGCUGGGGCACUUCAUGGAGCACGGGGAGGUGCGCACGGCCUUUGAGUAUCUUGACGACAUUGUCCCUGAAAACUACUGCCACGAGAGUUCCCAGGGCCACAGCCAAGCUGGGGCAAAGCCCCACGGCUCCGCGGUGUCAGCCAGGAAGCCUCCUGGAGGCCGGCCGCGGGACAGGACCCGGGAGACCAGAGCAGCCGCAGGGCUGGAGCGGAAGAGGACGGGUGGGAGACGCUCGGGCCCUGAGGUCCCUUCUCAGCCCAGCCUCAAUGGAGGCAGCCCAGAGGGAGCGGCAACCAGAGACCGUGCAGAGCAUUUCCGGGCCAAGAUCGCCGAGUUUGUGGCGAGCGAGAAAACUCAGCUGGAGUUUCCUGCUUCCCUGAACUCCCACGACAGGAUGUGGGUCCACCAAAUAGCUGAAGAGCAUGGCCUGAGACACGAUAGCUCCGGGGAAGGGAAGAAGAGGUUCAUCACCGUGAGCAAGAGAGCCUGGCCGGCCCCGCCAGCCCCGCCAGCCCCGCCGCCUCCAGCAGGGGCCAGCAGCCACACCCCUGCGGGUCCUACGGCCCCCGGCCCCACCCAGACUGAGCCCCCUGCUGGGGGACAGAGCAGCCAGGACACCCUGAAUCUGAAGGCCCUGCACCUGGAAAGGCUGCAGAGAGCGAAGAGCAAACAGGAGCGGCCCGCCACGGACGGGGCCUCCACGGAUGGGGCCACCAAGGACAGGGCCGCCAGGGACGGGGCCACCAUGGAUGGGCAGCAGGCCUCGCGCUCUGGGCUGCGCACGUUCCCAGAGAAGAAGAAGAAGAAAGAAACAAAAGGAAACACGGCCAUGGAUUUGCCCGGCAAGGAGGACUUCGAGGCCCUGGUCGCGGCUGCCAUCAAGGCUGACAACACCUGUGGCCUCGCUAAGUGCACAGCCAGCGUGGCAACCCUGGGCCAGCUCUGUCUGCACUGCGGCCGCCGGUUCUGCCUCAGCCACCACCUGCCCGAGAUCCAUGGCUGUGGGGAGAGGGCUCGUGCCCAUGCCCGGCAGAGGAUCAGCCGGGAGGGAGUCCUCUAUGCCGGCAGUGGAACCAAGGACAGGUCCCUGGACCCCGCCAAGAGGGCCCAGCUGCAGAGGAGGCUGGACAAGAAGCUGGAUGAACUGAGCGGCCAGAGGAAGAGUAAACGGAAGGAGAAGGAAAAGUAAUGGGCAGGCUCUUUGCGUGCAGCUCCAGAGCUGCUGUCUUUGGAAGACGUUUGCGAGGACAAGCAGGGCUGCUUUCUGCUUCCCUGUAGCUGCUCUGUGACAGUGUGCAACCUGACCCACCUGCCUGUACCGGAGCCAGGUGGGGCACCGUGUCCAGGAGCAAGGGUGGGGUUCUGGACUCUGGAGAUGAGCUCUUCCCCCUGACAGCUCUCGGAGGAGGGUGCCCAGGGCAUGUGGUCAUUGCCGCGUGGCCCUCUCUCUGGGAUUGGUGUGGGUUGGCCCAGGUGUGCCCCAGUCCCCCUUCUCUUGCCUGGACCAUUUCCUGGUCUCUUCCCAGUCAGAACAGAAAUCCCACCAUCUGAACCUUCGGGUGUUGCCAUGAGGGUCCCCCUGCCCUGAACUGAUACCCCCUCAAUUUUUGUACAAGGAAAUUCCCACCGUCCGGGGCUGGCCAGCUUUCAGGCCGCCGGAAGGAGGGAGUGCACCUGAAAAGUCAGAUCAUGCGUCUGAGAACGCCCGGCACCUCUUCCAUGCGUCCGCAUGUAGCUGACUUUGCUGAGGCCCGUUUCCGUCUGUGUCCUGUUCCCUGCCGGCUGUGGGGCCCUGUCCUGGUUGUGCAGGGCAGCGGACACAGCUCAGACUGCUCCUGCGAGGUCUGGAGGUCCCACUGAGGCAUGUGGCCCAGGUGAGCCCUCCGCGGGUGGCGGUCGCGGGAAAGCGGCAGUGCAGCCCACACGACGCAGGAGCCCUCCCACAGGUGCUCCCCAGUGUUCUCCACCAGCUGCUCCAGGGAGGACGGCCUCAGACGGAUGUGAUGUCUUAGUCUCAGAGUUGUAUUUGUUUAAGUGGGACAUAAAUUAUUUAAGAAUAAAAUAAAGAUCUAUGCACACCGCC